AUUUUGAGCUACCUGUUGUCAGACCGUUCAAGGUCGCUUUAACGAAAGGGCGGGGGGUUUCGAAAGGAUCUAACCUUUUUACCGUGCUCGUCAAUGUCGGUCAAAAUUAAGAAAUCAGUCGCUAGGUUUCUAAGCCAUCAAGUUGCUCAUAGAAUUAAACUCUUAGAAUCAGCCCUGCUUGAAAUCCAUGAUCUUGAUAACCGCAUGAAGAUGGAACUAUUGGCUUUGAACACCCUUGCGAAUCCAAACGAUGACGAAUUUUGUGAAGAGGAUUGUAUGACAUAUAUGUCUGCAGAAGACGAAUUAUUAAAAAGCCAUGAGAAUUUUGAGGAUUCCAACUGUGAUGUUAAAUAUGAGUUGGUGGAUUUGAACGAUGAUGUUACGGCUUAUGAAGCGUCAGUUAAUAAAGUCGACGAACAAAUUCAAUCAAUUGAUGUCCACCAAUCACACUCUUGUUUUACUAAGGGUCGAAAUAUAUCUACACUGAAAACAUUCGAUUUUCUUACUGGUCUUAUUAAUGAUCGAUCGUUAGAGCUGACUUCCUGUUUACCUGUUGAUAUAGAUCAUUGUUCAGAGUAGUUAUUUUCUAUUCAUGCAUUCUUGUACAAAAGAUUCGAUUCUAACUUUAAAACAUUUGUAAAUAUAUAUGUACCCAGUUAUUCAAUACACAUUCAUUUAUACUUA